AUGGCCGUCCAACCUAAACAAAACCCGAUUGUGCUGGUGAUUGACUUCCACCAUGCGCGGGGCCCGGAGAUUGAACUUUGCAUCGGUGACGAGGGAACGAGUCCGGCUACCGACAAUGACUGGUCUCUACUACCGUUCAUGGCAUUGUCAGAUGGCGCACAUCUUUCGACCGAGGAGUUCUCCUAUUUCACAUUGCGCCAGAGGGAAACGUCGACUGCGCCUGCGACCUCGCUUUUCGGCAUUGCUUGCUCCCGCCAGCUCGACUCGAGUCUGUUGAUUAAUCGUCCGCCCGAAGUGACUCGGUCCACCGUACAAAAAGCCGUGGUGGUGGUUACAGAUAGCCCGCAGAGGGUGGGUCAAUUGCGUGAGAAGUUGUCCGUGGUUACCUCGGCAUGGUUUGCUCAGCGGGAUUUCUCUGAUAUCGAUAUCCUGAGGAAAUUCCGCGAAGGUCUGGUGAUAAGCUUGUUGAAUGAUGAAUCAAAAGAUCAAAACCUGGGUCUUUCCCUCCGAGAAAUGAUUCACGAGUUCAAGUAUCAGACCCUGGUUCUAUUCAAAGGAUUACUACUGCAGCCCAAGAUGCUCUUCUUUGGCACUCGUUGCGAGCGUUUAUGCAUGAUUCAAUUCUCUCUUAUUUCUCUAAUACCUGGUCUCAUCAAUUCUCUUCAAGACUGCGCGGAUCCUGCAUUCGACAGUUAUGCGGAGACCGUUGAGAAACCAACCUCGCUGAAGACCAGUGAUCGAAGUUCACUGUUGGCAUAUAUGGGUCUGCCAUUGCAAAUUUUCGGCAAGGGAAGCAUGUUCGGACCAUACACCCCUCUACAGCAGCUGGAUCUGCUGGCCGAUGACGGGACCAAGUCAUACGUGGUGGGAUCAACGAAUUCGCUGCUAUUGCAACAAAAGGACCGCUAUAGCGAUAUCUUAAUCAACCUUGACGAAGACAGUAUCAGCAUCUCAUCCCUGCCACUCCGCAAUGCCCUUAUCCUCUCCGUGGCUGAUAGGCGCUGGAUCGACCUCCUUACUCAGAUCGUCAACGACACAUGGGAUGAAGCUCACCCAUCACGACCCAAGACCCUCGGCUUCAUGGGCUCGGAAGAGUUCAUUCGACUUCAAUUCGAAGAGUACCUGCUCGCACUCCUAUCAUGCAUGAAAUACCACGAAGAACUCAGCUCAUUUUCCUCCGGCGACUCUCCGCAUCGGAGCAGAGCACAGCUUCAAACUUUCAAUAUCGAGGGCGAUCCCGCCCUUGAUUUCGGCGUGGAAUUCCUUGCUCAAUGGCAGAAGACUUCUAAUUACGCACUCUUCUCGAAGUUAACUUCGGACGCACUCCUCUUCUCCAUUACCGAGCCACGACACCCCAGUGCCGGUGGCUUGACUAUGGAAGACGUCCAACGCCGACUAUCCCAACAAGUCGCCGAUCUCCAUCUCGACGAACGAGUCCGCGAAGGCAGAGAAGCACUCAACCGCCACUUGUCAACGGGUCAAAAGAAAGUCAGCGCCGCUUUCAACAGCUUCUGGUCCGAUAUCGAGUCUAUGCGCGAAGCCCAAAGAAAGCGCAACGAAGAGAAAGCCUCGCAAUCAACACGUACCUCAAUCGACAAAGAGGGCCCCAGCUCCCCGCAACCAACACCAAUUGAAUCGCCAUCCGAAACUUCUGCCUCCUGGUUCGGCGCCCGCCAAAGACCAUCCAUCGACGUAACCCAAGCACAAGCAUCCGUGUCCGCGGCCAGCCAAAAAGCUGGAGCAUAUUUCAGUUCAUGGGGUUCAUGGGCAAGCGACAAGCGCCGCGAAUGGCAAGAAAAGCGCAGUUCCUCGCCGGGUCCCAACCCCAACCCAAACCCGGGCAUGACCGCAUCACCAUCCACGCCCGUCCUACCCACAGUCAGCGAAACAGUCUUCGACUCCGACCGGGGCCGUCGCCGCUCAAUGCAGCGACACAGCGAAGGCGCAGAAGGUCUAUCGCGCAGUCUGAGCCGUCGAAAGCGAUGGAGUAAUAUCAUUCUCCGUCGCGAAAGCGGCGAGUUUAAGCGCGAGGAGGUCGAUGCCGCUGAUAUGCCAUUCCCAAAGUCCCCCUUAUCCCAGGGAUUCCCGGCGUACGGAGCCGACGCCGAGAAGAGGAAGGCCGAGCUGAACCCACAGCAGGAUAAGCCUCUUCCAGAACCGCAUGCAGAUGAUGAUGGGUUUACUUCCGUGUCUCUGACGCCCCAUGAGGGACUGCGCGUGGACAUGAACCCCGAGAAGAGCGAGUCUGCUGCCGUUUCUGCGGAUGACUCGGUAACGGCGCCUCCUGGGAAGCUGGAAGAGCAUACUGCCGAACUACCCAAGGACUCUGCCAAGGAGUCUGUCGGCACUCAGUGA